AUGUAUUGGCAAAUUUCGAAAGAUUUUCUUUCUUUAUUUACUCGACCAAAUUGUCAAGACAAUCAUUUCGAUUCUAUCGAUGGAUUUCGAUCAAUCGCAAGUCUUUUAAUAACAUCAUUACAUAUCGUUGGAAUCUUCAGUACAUUACUACUUCCAUAUCCGAACAUUGAAUGGCAAACAUUUUUACACAGUGUUGCAUUCGCUUUGAUAAAUUUAAUGAGUUUUUCUUUGGAAAUCUUCUUUAUGUUAUCAGGUUUCUUAUUAACCUAUAAAUUAAUUUCGAAAUGGAAUCGAAAAUGGUUAAAUUACGAAGAUUUUCUUGUGAAAGAAUAUCCUCUGCUGGUGAUAAAACGAGCUUUUCGAUUUCGGCCCAGUCGGCCUGCGCGGGGAGAUGGUGCGCCACGUCGAGGCGGCGCAGUUCGGCGAUGUCGUGAUUGCGGGGCAUAUGAAAACUCCUGA